AGAAGAAAAAUGAAAUCCUGAGUGGAUAAUGGAAGCUAGUCUUAGGAGGGCGAGGCAGAGGAAGCGAUAAUGGCAAUAAGAGGCAUAGGAAUGUCGUUCUCUGCUCCAUCAACAACAAGACCCAUACUUUCCCUCAACCCACGAUUCCUUUCAGCGUCAUCCACAAUCCCAUUAUUUCUCGUUCCCAGCAGAAGCAGUUAUCUGUUAUUAUCGUUCUCUUUCAGCAGGCCCGAAACAGAGUGCCCUGUUCCGCACGAGCAGCAGCCCAUCAACGAGUACCAGUCCCUCUCGACUUCGUUCCCGUUCUCGUGGGCCGCCGGCGACGUGGUGGAGUACGCCUCGCGCCUCUUCGUGACGGGGGCGUCCUUCGCGCUGCUGCUGGGCCUCCCCGUGGCCUGGUUCGGGUCCGCCGGGGCCCAGGCCGAGCCCGCCAAGCGCCUCCUCUGCGCCGCCUCCAGCGGCCUCUUUGCUGUCACGCUCGCUGUCGUUAGGAUGUAUCUUGGCUGGGCUUAUGUCGGGAAUCGCUUGCUCAGUGCCACCGUUGAAUAUGAGGAGACUGGGUGGUAUGAUGGUCAGAUUUGGGUGAAGACUGCUGAAGUUUUGGCCCGCGAUAGACUCCUUGGAUCAUUUUUUGUCAAGCCUGUACUGGGCAGAUUGAAAAUUACUCUAGUGAGUCUUGCAACUUCAUUACUUGUAUGUGCACUUAUCCUCAUUAACAUUGAUGGGGACCAAAACCUGACAUCAAAAGAACCUAGAGUUCGAGUUGUACCUGGAGUUUACAAUGAUGAUUCUGCAAGAUUAUUUGAACCAGAUGCCUUUCGUGAUGAACUUGAUCUUCAAUAAUACAUGUUGACCGCUUAUACUAAAGAAUUAUCAACGCUGGACCCUCCAUUCAAUGACAGCAUGUAGUUAUUUGGGAGGAACGGGUGCUCCAUAUGUUCAGUAUCAAAUUCUAUAAUGUACAUAUCUUAUAUUUGCCUUUUUACACACCAUAUGUUUACUGUAAAGUUGAAAAUAAAAUGAACAUAUGUACAUUUUCAGUUUGCUGUGUAAUCCCUUUUUUUCCUUUUGGUCAA